ACACACAUUCCCAUAUCUCUCUAUUGAUCUCAGCCUUUGUUUGUUUUUCCUAUUCGGUUCCCUAACUUGAGGUUAGAACUUUAAUUGUGCUUUGGGAGUUCGCGGAGUUGUGGGGAAAAUGGGGUUGUAUCCGAAACAUUCAAAAAAAGCUAGAAGCAAAGAUGUGGACAUGGAGGACUUCGACGAUUCGGAAGAUGAUGCAUUAUUGGUUAAUGGCGAAGAGGAAGAAGAAGAAGCUGAAGUAGAUGAAGAUGAUAGCGAAGAAGAUAUUGAUGAUGACGACGACGAUGAAGAAGACGAAUUAGAAGAUGAUGAUGACGACGACGGUGGAGAAGACGGAGACGAUGAUGAUGAUGAAGAAGAAGAGGACAAGGAUGGUGAGAUGGAAGAGCUUGAAAAAGAGUAUAAGGAACUUCACAACAAGGAACAAGAUAUAUUGAGGAAUCUCAAGCAUCAUAAGGAUGAAGAUGUUAAAAAGGGUGAAGCAGUGAAGAACCAGAAGGCUCUUUGGGAUAAAACUCUUGAGUUCAGGUUCUUACUUCAGAAAGCCUUCUCCUGUUCAAAUAGACUGCCGCAGGACCCUGUUAGGUCUUCAUUUUGUGCUUCUGAUGAAGAAGUUAGUGCUGCAUAUUCAGACCUUAUUACUUCAUCAAAGAAAACUUUAGAUUCAUUAUUGGAACUGCAGGAGGCAUUGCUGGAGAACAAUCCAUCAAUUGCUCAGUCUCUAGAGGGUAAUGGUGCUCAACCAUCUGAGAAGCUUUCUGGAGAUUCUAAGAACUUGGACAUGGAAGAUGAUGAAGAGUGGCUACAGAUUUCCCAGAUGAUUAAGAGAAUAGCUGCUUUCAGAGAUAAAGCAGUUGACAAAUGGCAGAGGAAGACAGAAGUCACAACUGGUGCUGCUGCAAUAAAAAACAAAUUGCAAGCUUUUAAUCAGAACAUUAGUGAACAAGUGGCAGCCUAUAUGAGGGAUCCAACUAGAACGAUAAAGCAAAUGCAACAAAGAACAACAAUUGGCAUAUUUGGAGCUGUUAUCGAGUCCGGUAGUAAUGCUAAUGGGGAGUAAUGCGUUUCUCUUUAUUUACUCUGGGCUUUAAAAAAUGACGUGGUGUUUGUAUUCAACGCUAGGUACUGGCUGCACUGACAUACCAUGUAGAAUGCAUGGUAGGCUAUAUGUGUUUGCUUUGGAGGAUGGAAUUUUUGUCCAUACCAUUUAAAAUUCAGGGUAGUUGGAUAGGUAUACACCAUUACACCUAUAUGAUAC